AUGGAUAGUCCCUCGCCGUGCCGUUCAUUCAGCUGUCAGCAUCGAGUUUUGAACUGGAAAUACGGCGAGCCGGGGAUGACGGCAGAUCAUCAUCAAGAGUCCAACGGAGAAGCGGAUAAAUCUGUGAUUUGCACGCAGCGACCACAAGCUAGCAUCUCAAAUAAAUGGAUUUCGGCUGUCAAAACCGAUCCCAUGAUCUCCUGGGGUCGCUGGGCCGGCGGAUCGUGGCUAUCUGCGAUAGGAUGUGCUGGAAUCUCUAUUUUUGGUCCCCUGCUGGUAUUUCUUCUCUGGGUAGCACUUGAGGAUUUCAAUGGCUCUCUUUUUGCGAGUCUCUCCGUUUUCUGGUCAAAAGGUCUAAUACCAUUUGUUGUUCGGUUUGCUCCGCAACCAAGCGUCAAGGCUUGUAUUGGCUAUGUGGCUUGGCUUGUUUUUCAGGCAACCCUUUACGCAUGCCUUCCCGGCAAAAAUAGCUCAGGACAGCUCACACCUGCUGGAAACCUGUUGAAGUACAAUACUAAUGGUUUGUUUGCUUGGGUUGUGACCCAUCUCCUUGCUGUCAUGGCUGCAAUAUCUGGAAUUUUAAAUCCUGCAAUGCUAGCAAAGCACUGGGAGGGGUUGCUUGUCGCGGCGAACAUAUAUGGUCUCUUCUUGUCUGCAUUCUCCUACCUGAAAGCUUAUAUCGCGCCAACGCAUCCCGAAGAUCGCAAGUUCAGCGGAUCGGUGCUGUAUGACUUCUACAUGGGCAUCGAAUUAAACCCACGUUUUGGAAAGUCGUGGGAUUUCAAGUUGUUUCACAUUGGACGUCCAGGUCUUAUCGCCUGGACAUUGAUUGAUCUGUCGUAUGUAGCAUGGCAAUAUCAAUUGCAUGGCUUCGUCACGAAUUCCAUUAUCAUUGUCAGCAUCCUGCACGCAGUCUACGCCUUGGAUUUCUUUAUCAACGAAGAUUGGUACCUCCGCACCAUUGAUAUCUGUCAUGAUCAUUUCGGCUUCUACCUGGCCUGGGGCUCAGUGGUUUGGAUCCCCACAAUCUACACCGUACAAGUGCAGUAUCUGGCACGUUACCCAGUCAAGCUAUCUUCACUGAGUGCCACUAUAAUUCUAUUGACCGGACUGGGAGGUUACGCGCUCUUUCGAUCCGUGAACCACCAGAAGGAUAUUUUUCGCCGUACUAAUGGCCAGUGCGAGAUUUGGGGCAAAAAAGCCGAAUAUAUCUCGUGCAACUUCAAGACACAGGAUGGUCUCAACCAUGAGUCGCUCCUUCUGUGCUCUGGCUGGUGGGGAAUGGUUCGCCAUGCAAACUACGUGGGAGAUCUAGUGUUGUCGUAUGCUAUGUGCGCACCUAGCGGUACUACACAUCUGCUACCAUGGACCUACGCCCUAUUUAUGACGUUGCUGCUGAUGCAUCGGUGCUCUCGAGACGAACAAAGAUGUUUGGAGAAGUAUGGGGAGGACUGGAAGGCCUACCGCGAGAAAGUUAGAUGGAGACUGAUACCCGGCAUCUUCUAG